CGCACCGGCUCCUCUGGUCUGUGCGCUAGUUGCAGCCGAGGAGCAAUGGUGCUCGGAGCGUCCGGAGGCGCGUCGGUGUUUCGGAAAUAUCGGAGGAGCAGAUGAAAUGCCGGGGAAUAUGAGCAAAGAGGACGCCCCGAGUCGGAGCGCUUCUUUGACGUUCACCAUCGACAACAUCCUCAACCUGAAGCAGCGGGACGACGGAGACCUGGACGGGUCAAAGGAGCAGAGGGACAGUGGAUGUAAGAAGGAUUUCCAAGCGCGGUGCGAUGAAGUGUGGGACGUCCGGAGGAGGCACGGCAGCGGAGCAGAGGAGACAGCGCAAACGAAGCCCAGAGUCCAUCGUGCGGACCGCGGGGAAAACACACCGCCGCUGACCGCCGGCUCCUGUCCCGGGGCGCACAGCGCGCACACCGCCGAGGACGCGUCCGAGCAGCAGCAGCAGCAACAACAACAACAAGAGGCCAGCGCGGACACCAAAGCCAUGGUCAAGAAGAAAACGCGCACCAUCUUCUCCAAGAGACAGAUAUUUCAGCUGGAGGCCACUUUUGACAUGAAGAGGUAUCUGAGCAGCUCGGAGAGAGCGUGUCUCGCGAGCUCUCUGCAGCUCACCGAGACCCAGGUUAAAAUCUGGUUUCAGAACCGGCGCAACAAGCUGAAGAGACAGCUAUCCACGGACAUGGAGGGACCGCUGGCCGCCGAGCACCUCUCGGACGCAGGAAAGAACGUACAAUUACCGACUUUUUACAAAGACAGCAGCCUGCUGGGUGGAUGUUUGUUACCCAUGCCUUUCCCCGUCGUCUACCCGACUGCGAACGCCGCGCCUUACAUCUACUUCUCCAACACUGGCAAAUAUUUUGGCCUGUUUGACGCAGACUGAUGGUUUUCUGUUGGGGGGGACAGCAGUGUGUGUGGACAGUCGGAUAUACAGUCGGCCCUGUCUGUCACAGAGGCCUGUCACUUUUUAUUUUUAUUUUAAACUUUGAUGUCAACAUAUCAACUAAUCCAAGACAUGCAUGUGCCACUUUGUUGUCCUUUUUCAAAUUUUUAUUAUUUUUAUUAUUAUUAUUAUUAUUAUUAUUAUUAUUAUUAAAUGCAUAAAAAAAUCCGAUUAUAAUGUUUGUUAUAAAAAUGUGCAUGCAUUAAAAGUUCCUCUGGGCAGUUUUAUUUCGCGCUGUAAUGUCAUCUGAAUGAAUGUACGUUAAUGUUUCCUCUGGGAGUGAUGCUGCAGAAACUUUGUCACCCCGAAAUAAUAUUUGUUUUUGUUUUUUUCUUUCAACUCUUGUGUUGAACUUUAAAAAAAGGUUUCUGUGGAGCAACAGUUCAAUAGUAUUUAUAUGGCAUUAUGAUUAUGAUUAUUAUUAUUAUUAUACACUUUUAUCGUUCGUUUCCACUUGACCUUUCAUAUGACAGACUGUUAAACUGUGAAUACAGUUAGUAUAUCAAGACAAUGAUGAAUUUUGCAAUAAAAAGUGUAAUAUUUGCAAUUUGCAAGUGUUUUCACUCAAAUUGAAUCAAAAAGACAAAAAAGACGUGCAAGUAAAUUUCCACAUUUGAUUAUUCAUUGUGUUUCAAUGUGUACUUUUUUUCUAUGUGCAUUUGGUUCCGCAUAAUAAAUUAAAGAAAGUUAAUGGUUAA